AGUGACUCACUGAAGGGACGUCAGUGCAUGCUCAGAGACGAGAUAAAAAGCGUCCCAGCCGGGAAAGGAAUAUCUAGAAAAGGUCAGAAAGUGUGGGGGUGAUGCAGAUGAUUGGAAAUGUAGUGGAGAAGCGCACAUCUCGGUGGGCGUUUUUUGCAUUACUUCUUCAGAAAAGACGAUCUCCAAUGGAAAGAAACGCGACUGAAGUUCUUUUGUGGUCGUAGGGCAUGGAUUUAAGUAGUAAGAGUUCUGGUAGUAAUCUUCAGCAUGGUUGCCUCUGAACUGUCUUACAUUCACACUAGACCAAUUGAAUUUGUGUGUGACAGCGAUGUCAGAAGAAUGUUGAACAAGGUGAAGGACUUCCAAGAGGAAAUGAAAACCUGCAGUGCCGUAGAUGCUCUACCCUUUUCUAUUCAAUUACCAUGCGUCGGCAUUCACAAACCAACCUGGGAGAGAAAAUCAGUGCACGAGUGGAGGGCUGAGAUCCUGCUGUCUUUGUGGACUCUAGCGCAGGAUGUGCAGUCUGCCAGGACACUCAGCCAACCUGGCUGUAGAUUCACUCUGCUGGAGCGCUUGGAGCACAAUAUCAACAACUACCUGCUUAUAGUCAAACGGCUCCACAUUGAGGGGGAGCAAGUAGAGCACCAGGCAGAGGGAUGCCAGGGUCAACGCUCUACGGAUUUGGGUUUGGUGUUGAAGAACUUUGGGCUUCUUCUCACAGGCAAGCUGGAGUGGCUCAUUGCAGAGAUGGAAAACGGGUGCUAGAGACUGAAAAAAACUGACUUCUAAUCUCUGCCUUUCUUCAAUCUUGUGUAAUUGAACCAGACAGGCCAAAUCAAUUUUAACAAUGGUCCACCUUCAAGACAAUGGUGGGCCAAGCACUUUGCUGAGACCACAGAUUUACAUGCCGUGUAAAUGACAAGACUCUGCCAUCUACUGGAUCAUAGCUGAACUGACUCACCUGUUGACGCGCAACCACUAGAACUUUUAAAACAGACAAGAGUGAUAACUGGUGAGUCGUAAAAUUGUUUUAUUCCACAGAUUAUAUUUAUUUAUUUUAUAGUCUGCAUGAAAGUGACUCUGCAGGGUGUGAUGGCACAUGGAAGGCAACCUGAAGUCAAUAAGAAGGGCAGAAUGUGGGACACAAUGCAGUUCACACACAGGAAAGGUCACUUUAUCUAUACACUCCAAGUUAUGGGAUAACUAUGGGAUAUUUGUGCAUAUAAUAUAUUUUGUAUACAAAUAGUAUUUACAAUAUUUUGUUAACAAAUAAACACCUAUUUUAAUAUUU